GAUCUUGCAUUUUUCAUUUUUCAGUUCCCUCGACGACUCGUCUCAUCCUCUUUAAUUAGUUCCUCUCGCUUGUGUCUGUGCCAGCCGCCUGGUGCUCUUUCAAAAAACGACGUCGGAUUCUUCGCAGAGAAACAGGAAAGAUAUGCUUCCUUCUCAAGGCUACUGUGUGUGGGAGUGCCAAAAGAGUGAACGUGUUCAAGAACCGAGCUCGGCGGUCAAUUUGAUGGACGGUGGGGAUUCUAUGAUGAGCUCGGCGUCAAGGAGCCACAAGGACGCAGAGAGGAGACGCAGGCAGCGAAUCAACGCCCACCUCUCCACCCUCCGCACCCUCCUACCUAACGCUGCUAAGACGGAUAAGGCUACGUUGCUAGCGCAGGUGGUCGAGCACGUGAAGGAGCUGAGGAAGAAGGCGGAUGACGUGGCGCGUCAGGAUGGCGACGCGUGUGGUGCGGCAUCGGUGGGGGGGCUAUUCCCGGGCGAGUCUGACGAGGCCACUCUGAGUUACUGUGAGGUUGGAGAGAAGGAAAUGAAAGCGACUCUGUGCUGCGAGGACCGGCCCGGUUUGAACCUGGACUUGGCUCGGGCGAUUCGGUCGGUGCGGGCCAGAGCGGUGCGGGCGGAGAUGAUGACGGUGGGUGGGCGGACCAAGAGUGUGGUGGCGGUGAAAUGGGCUGCGAGUGGUGCGGGUGGAGAGGAGGAGAUUGCGGGCUUGGAGCGGGCGUUGAAGGCUGUGGUGGAGAAUCGGGCUUCGGGGUCUGGGCUGGGCCGGGCGGUGUCGGGGAACAAACGGACUCGGUUUUAUGGUUCGUUUGAUGAGGGGGACAAUGCAUUUUUGCUAUCUGGCCUUUGAUCAUUUCCUUUUGAGUUUGGAUAAUAUAAUGUAAAUGGGUGUUGGGGUUGGAAGAGAGAGAGAGAGAGAGAGAGAGAGACUGAAAAAAAAAAAAAAAAAAAAAAAAUAUAAAGGAAAGAAAGAAAAAAUAAAAACAAUGAAUAUUUGGUCAUGUAUUGCUAUAGAAGAACGUAAACUAUGUGGAAUGACUUUCUACCCAAAGAGAAGAAGCGCUUGCUCAUGAUUUUCUACCCAGAGAUGAAUCUUCUUUAA